AAGGGCCGAUACUGGGUGCCUCUGUGAAGAAGGAAGCAACACAUUAUUUCUAAAGCUCCCACAUGUUUCCAGUCAUGACAGCCUCUUCAAACCAAGUCUCGCGGUUGAGACAUGAGGGUUUAAGUUGAGUCAACAGGGAUAAAUCAGUAAAAUACAUCUUCCCUUUGACGACCAGCCCAAUCGAUAAGAAGCUCCUUCACAUCUCUGCCUCUUCUUGGGCCUUCUCAUCAACAGUUUUCACUUUGUGUAGUUGUCUCUUUACCAGUCGCACAACAUGCGUCCUUCCCUCGCCACGGCGGUCCUACCGCCCAGGACCCGUUCCCACAAUCCACCAAACCUCGCGGUUGGAGGCCGUGAACACCUGCCAGCUCCACGAAGGCGCAGCCCCCACCUCCGGCACACCCUCAGCCCAGAGAACCUGCGAACCCUGGCGGAGAGGGGCGGAGCUGGCGUCGAUACUGUCUCUGUUAUCAACAGUCAUAUUGGGCUUCCACGUGCUAACAGUGACACGGACCUGGUGACCUCCCACAGCCGGUCCUCACUAACGGCGUCCACUCUGGAAUAUACACUGAACCGUGGCCAGAACCUCGUCAUAUCCUGGGACAUCAAGGAGGAAGUGGAUGCUACCGACUGGAUCGGGCUGUACCAAAUUGAUGAAACCAGUCCGUCCAAUGUGUGGGACUGUAAGAACCGAGGGGUGAAUGGCACCCAGAAGGGUCAGAUCGUUUGGAGGCUGGAGCCCGGGCCCUACUUUAUGGAGCCUGAGACUAAGAUCUGUUUCAAGUACUACCACGGAGUGAGUGGAGCCCUGAGAGCCACGACCCCCUGCAUCACUGUGAAGAAUCCUGCAGUCCUGGUGGAUGGCCUCACAGAACAGGUGGGCAUCGAACAUCCACGAAAACUGAUCAGCUUUACUUUGACAGAUCUACGUGCUACUGGCCUGAAGAAGGGAAUGUUUUUCAAUCCGGACCCAUACCUGAAGAUGUCCAUCCACCCAGGGAAGAGGAGCGUCUUUCCCAUCUUCAGCCACCACGGACAGGAACGACGAUCAGCUAUCAUCGCUAACACCACCAGCCCCGUCUGGCAUGGAGAGAAAUACACCUUUGUAGCACUGAUGACGGACAUCCUGUACAUCGAGGUAAAGGACAAGUUUGCGAAAAGUCGACCAAUCAUCAAACGCUUCCUCGGUCAGCUCACUAUCCCUGUGCAGCGACUCAUUGAAAAAAUACCCGGAGUCCAACCUGUGAGUUUCCCCCUGUGUCGGCGCCUGCCUACUGAACACGUAAGCGGAAAUUUGCAGUUCAAAGUGGAGCUCACAUCGACCGGGCCUGAUGGGGCCUCUCCUGAGUCUAUCAUCGGCAUUUCGUCUUUGAAUGGAGCUCCGGGGACUCCAUCCGAUGAUGAAGACCUGCCCCAUCAUCUUCCAGGAGUGGUGUCUUCAGGCCUAUCUCCUACCGGCUCCCAGGUCUCCCGAAGCAUGUGGGAAGGCGGGGCCACAGCCUACCCAGAAAAGGACCUGCCUCUCGUUGGAGCCGAGGGUAGAUUUGUGGAGCAUGAAAGCCUGUCAUGCCAUGAAAUGCUCCAGAGGUCACUCAGUGAGGGCCUGGCUGCUAUCGAGGCCCCAAAAGGCCCCGGUGAAAGACCCCUAGGUGCGGCCUCACCUAAACUUCGCUCUAGCUUCCCCACACACACAAGGCUCAGCGCCAUGUUGCACAUCGACUCAGACGAGGAUGAUGAUCGGUCCGGGGCCAAUGACAUCAUUCCGAUGCUGCUGUCACCGCUGCUGAUGAAUGGAGAACCUCCGGAUAUCAGCGGCCUUGAUGAAGACGACCCGUUUCCUGAGUUCCAGAAGGAGUCGGAGCAGCUGGUGCGCUCAGUGCUGAGGGAGGAGCCCGAGGGUGCGGGUGGUGGGAAAGAAUGCGUGCCCCUGGAGAUGGGACCAGGGCCAGGUCUGGACUUGGAGGAUGUUUUAGAGCCCGACGUCUUCUCCGAAGUGGAGGAAGCUCCUUUCACAGAGGCCGUGUCCCAUAAUGCUAUGCUAGAGGGUGAAGUCCACGAGGAAGGGAGGGGGCCUGCCGAGGACCCCUCCUCAGAGAUUGACAGCUGCUCCAUGGCUACAGCCCCACAGACGGUCUUCUCAUCAUCAGAGAGCUGUCCAAUCACAGUCACAACUGCUGUGGAAGCGGAGGAGGGAGCAGAGACGGUCAUAGAUCCAGGGGGAUGCGUAGUUUCCGGAACCCCACCUACCAAUCAAGCUGUGGACGAUGAAGGGGGUGGGCAAGUCACUACACCUGAGGCUGCAGGGGAGGCUGCAGGGGAGGCUCGCCCGGCCAUAGAGCAAGUGGUGGUGGAGGAGAUCAGUGUGAGGAGGCUGAGCCUGCAGGCUGCCGGGGGCGUGGCUGAAAUUCAGGAAGGGGAGGCGACAAAGCCACAAGAGGAGGCGGGCUCUGCUGAUUCAGAGCAAGCCACCACAGAAACAGAUGGAGAGGAAGGCGCUCACGUUAACGGCCAUCCUGUACGUUCGCUUCCUUCUGUGCGUCAUGACAUCCACCGAUACCAGCGUGUGGAUGAGCCUCUACCUCCCAACUGGGAGGCUCGGAUCGACAGCCAUGGGAGGAUCUUCUUUGUGGAUCACGUCAACAGAACCACCACAUGGCAGCGUCCCACCGGACCUCCUGCCCCGCAGGGCCUGACCCGCUCCAACUCCAUCCAGCAGAUGGAGCAACUCAACCGCAGGUACCAGAGCAUCAGGAGGACCAUCACCAACAGUGAUCGGGCAGAGGAAAGCCCGAUUGACCUGCCUCCUGAACCAGAAGGUGAACUGAUGCCUCACUCCAUUUCUGAAUACCGACGAGAAAGUGCAGUGGUUCACUCCAGCGGUCGCUCGCGUCUCUCCCUGCUGCUCCAGUCACCCAGCGCCAAGUUCCUGUGCAGCCCCGACUUCUUCACCGUGCUGCAUUCUAACCCUAGUGCCUACCGCAUGUUUACGAGCAACACCUGCCUGAAGCACAUGAUCAGUAAGGUGCGCCGGGACGCUCAUUACUUUGAACGCUAUCAGCACAACCGCGACCUCGUCACCUUCCUCAACAUGUUCUCCAACAAGCAGCUGGAGCUUCCCCGGGGCUGGGAGAUGAAGCAUGAUCAUACUGGGAAGGCCUUCUUUGUGGAUCACAACUGUCGCUCCACGACCUUCAUUGACCCCCGGCUACCCCUCCAGAGUUCUCGCUCCACCGGGCUGCUGGCACACCGCCAGCACCUGAGCCGCCAGCGCAGCCACAGUGCUGGGGAGGUGGUGGAUGACUCUCGCCAGACCAACCCGCCCGCCAUGCCCCGACCGUCCAGCACCUUCAGCGGCUCCAGUCGAAGUCAGUACCACGAUGUGGUGCCUGUGGCCUACAACGACAAGAUAGUGGCGUUUCUACGGCAACCCAACAUCGUUGAGAUCCUGCAAGAAAGGCAACCCGAGCUCGCCAGAAAUCACUCGCUCAAGGAGAAGGUGCAGUUUAUUCGCAGUGAGGGAGUCACUGGGCUGGCUCGUCUCUCGAGCGACGCUGACCUCGUCAUGCUGCUUAGCUUGUUUGAGGAGGAGGUGAUGUCAUAUGUACCACCGUUACUCCACCAGAGUCACUGCCUCUCGUCUCCUCAGAGCUCCCCUGGCACCCAGCGAGCUAAUGCCCGCGCUCCUGCUCCCUACAAGCGAGAUUUUGAGGCUAAACUGAGGAACUUCUAUCGAAAGCUGGAGACCAAGGGUUAUGGACAGGGACCAGGAAAAGUCAAGCUCAUCAUACGCAGGGACCACCUCCUGGAGGACGCCUUUAACCAGAUCAUGUGUUACUCUCGUAAAGACCUGCAGCGGAGUAAACUUUACGUCAGCUUUGUGGGCGAGGACGGGCUGGACUACAGUGGACCCUCCAGAGAGUUCUUCUUCCUGGUGUCCAGAGAGCUGUUCAACCCGUACUACGGCCUGUUUGAAUACUCGGCCAACGACACGUACACUGUCCAGAUCAGCCCCAUGUCGGCCUUCGUAGACAACCACCAUGAAUGGUUCCGCUUCAGUGGGCGUAUCCUGGGCCUGGCCCUCGUCCAUCAGUACCUGCUGGAUGCCUUUUUUACCCGACCCUUCUACAAGGGGCUUCUUCGCAUCUCCUGUGACCUGAGCGACCUGGAGUUCCUGGAUGAGGAGUUCCACCAGAGCCUGCAAUGGAUGAAGGACAACGACAUCGAAGACAUGCUGGACCUCACCUUCACUGUCAACGAGGAGGUCUUUGGACAGAUUACGGAGAGAGAGCUGAAGCCAGGCGGUGCUGGUAUCCCUGUGUCGGAGAAGAACAAAAAGGAGUACAUCGAGCGUAUGGUCAAGUGGCGUAUCGAGCGAGGAGUGGCCCAGCAGACGGAGAGCCUGGUCAGAGGGUUCUAUGAGGUGGUGGAUGUGCGACUGGUGUCAGUGUUUGAUGCCAGGGAGCUGGAGCUGGUGAUUGCAGGCACUGCAGAGAUUGACCUGGCAGACUGGAGAAACAACACAGAGUACAGAGGAGGUUACCAUGACAACCACAUAGUGAUUCGCUGGUUCUGGGCAGCUGUGGAGAGGUUCAACAAUGAGCAGAGGCUGAGGCUGCUGCAGUUUGUGACAGGCACCUCCAGUAUUCCCUACGAGGGAUUCGCCUCUCUACGAGGCAGUAAUGGACCCCGCAGAUUCUGUGUGGAGAAGUGGGGGAAAAUCACCUCCUUACCCAGGGCUCACACUUGCUUUAAUCGUCUGGACCUCCCACCUUACCCGUCCUUCUCCAUGCUCUACGAGAAGCUGGUCACUGCUGUGGAGGAGACGAGCACGUUCGGUUUGGAGUAACUUCAGAUCUGCUCACAGCCAGGUUUCAACUUGGGACAGAGAACAAUCUAGAAAUACACUUUUCUCACUUAGGAGAGACAUGGAAAAUAAAACUAAUAUCCUCAAAUGGCAACUAACCGCCCCUCCCCCCUUCCCCCCCCCCCCCCC